AUGUGCCGCCCACAGGCUAUUGAUGCUGAUGCAGAUGAGGAUGGCCCCGAUGUAGCAGGCACUUGGGUUGAUGAUGUUCUCGACAUGGAUACAAUAGAGUCACAUGAGCAAAGGCAGCCACCACUCUUCGACUUGAAUGAGGUUAUGGAUAUACAUGAAGAUGAGCUUGCUGAGGGUGGAGACGUUGCUUCCGUAGUCCACCAGGCGCAGCAAGGCCCGAAUCCGGUGGAUGGAGCAGCUGUAGCCACGGACCAGGGAGAUUCGGUGCUGGAUGGUGUUGAACAGACUGAUGUGUGGCUGCAGACCCAGAGCUUCAAAGUGCACUUGAACCUGAGCCCCCGACAGCCGAGGAACAUGAUAUGGACCGAAUGUUUGGUAAUGGUGAUUAUCCAUCUCUCCGGGAAUUCAUGGAAGCUCCUGCGCCGGAGCCAGGUCUUGAAUUCGAUUCGAGGGACCAAGCAUUCUUCUUUUUCGCCUCAUAUGCCCGGCGUAUGGGUUUUGCGGUAA